AUGUCUUCCACCAGCAAAGCUGCGAUCUCGCUCUACCGCCGGUCCCUGAAGCUGUCUCUGGACUGGGCCGUCCACCGUCACCUGUGGCGGGGCCAGGCUCUUUACAUCCGUUCGUUGUUUGAGGCCAACAAGAACUUGACCGAGCCGAAGCAAAUACGAGCACUGCUCAGGGAGACGGAAAAGCUCCUUGAGACGUGGAAGCACCCCGACCCCUACUGCCACCCUACGGCUCCAGGAGGCUCCAAAUAUGAGAGGAACCUCGCUCCCCCAAGAAUUGACCCCCCCCCGCCAUUGAAGUUUUAA